AUGUAUCUUAAACAAAGACUUCCUCUUCCAAUAAAUUUUAAUCCUGCUUAUAUUUUUCCUCAUCUUGAAUUUAAAAAUGAACAAGAACAAAUAAAUUAUGCAUCAUUAUUAAUUAAAGGAUUUUUGGAUUUUAGAGAAAAGGUGGAAAGAAAAAAAAUUCCUUUAGAAACUGUUCCGGAUAGAUUUAUUGGUGGGAAAUCUGUCCCCAUGUGUAUGGACCAAUAUGAAAGAAUAUUUAAUUUCUACAGACAACCAUCAUUUAAUGAAGAUAUUUUAUUUGAUAAAAGAAGAAUAAAUAAAAAACAAUUAAUUGAACAUAUAUUAAUUUUAUAUAAAAAUCAACAAUUUAUUUUAUUUAUUAAAACAAUUGAAGGAAUUUUAAUUAAUUUAAUUCAAAUAAUUGAACAAUUGAGGAAAAUAAUGGAAAUGGCUAAAAAUAGAAAUAUUCAAAAUAUAAUACCUAUUGGGGGUGCUGGAACUGGGGGAAGGGAUAGAGCUGCUAAAUUUUGGGAAGAAAUGAAUAAUGAUCAAACAAAUCAAAAUUCACUUGAAUUAGCACGUUCUUCAAUUUUUGUUUUAUGUCUGGAUGAUGAAAAUAUUGAGAAUAUUGAUAAUAAUUUAAAUCAAAUGGAAAUUGAUGGAAUGCAAAUACUUUAUGGAUUUGGGCCUAAAUAUAAUGGACUUAAUAGAUGGUUUGAUUCAACUAUUCAAUUAAUUGUAUCUAAAAAUGGAUGUUGUGGAACUUGUAUAGAACAUUCUAUUGCUGAAGGAAUUGUGCAUAUUAAAAUGACUGAAGAAGCUAUGAGAUAUGCUAAUAAUAAUUUUGAUUUAUUAAAUAAAAAACAAAAAGAACAAAAAUGUAAAAAUAAUUUAACAAUAAUCGAGCCAAAACCCCUAAGUUGGGUAGUCAGUGAAAAGGCUAAUUUACUACUUGGAGAGCAAAUUGUUGAAUUUGAACAAUUAACUAAUAAUCUUCAAUUAAAUUUAUUACAAUUCAAUGAGUUUGGGAAAGAUUCAAUAAAAGGUUGGGGUGUUAGUCCAGAUGGGUUUAUGCAGUUAUGUAUGCAAUUAGCACAUUUUAGAUUACAUGGUUAUUUAGUAAAUAGCUAUGAAUCUGCUACAAUGAGAAGAUUUAGGUAUGGGAGAGUUGAUAAUAUACGUGCAGCAACACCUGAAGCUUUAAAUUGGGUAAAAUCAAUGAAUAAUCCAAAUGAAGAAAAAAAAAGGAAAAGAAUUUUACUUAAAAUGGCUUUUGAUAAACAAUCAUUAAUUACUAAAGAGAAUUUAAUUGGCAAUGGAAUUGAUAAUCAUUUGUGUGCAUUAGAAGUUUUAAGUCGCGAAGAAUUUGGUUCUGAAAAUUUCCCAGAAAUAUUUCAGGAUGAAAUGUGGAAGGAAAUGAUGCGUUUUCCUUUAUCUACUAGCCAAGUCAGUACUUCUCCAGAAUUUAUUAAUUGUUAUCUUUAUUAUGGCCCUGUAGUUGAUGAUGGAUAUGGAUGUGCUUAUAAUAUACAACCAAAUUCUUUAAUGUAA